AUGCUCGGACUGGCAGUUCAACCCCCACCACAAACACGGCCUGGAGUCACUCUGUAUCCACCGGUAGCAGCUCGUAUUAGCAGCGAAACCAGUGUAUACGAGGAGCUCUCCCACAUCUGGGCCGUUGCCACACUCCUCCGGACCUCAGGGGAGGUUCUUGACGAUCAACUUGGCGGUAGAGUGGCAGACUCUGCCCACCCCUUGCCUGAAAGUACACAUUCCAGCUCGUCAAGCGGAAAUGCUCAGGCUGACAGGGCAUACUUUUACUUCCCUGACCUUGUCAUCAACGAGCCAGGUCGCUAUCGCGUCAGAGUGAGCUUGAUGCAGAUGGACUACUCCUGUGAUGAAGCACCAGAAGGCGUCGCCAGGGUCCGCGAAUAUGUCGACAGUCGAUCUAUCACUGUUGAAGAGUGGUCGGAUACAUCCUCCCGCCCAAGUAAGUAUAUCUGA